GGGUUAUUGCAUCUCAGCCCGAGGCCAAACACCCCGAUGUCGGCACCCAGAACGGAAUCAACAAGUAUGCAUUCACCUCACCAAUGACUCACCCGAGAUUCCCAAGUUAAUUUUGUGCCCUCGACUGUUGAAAACACCGGCCUUUGACUUUGAUCAGCACCACCAAUCGCCAGCGAAAUGUCAUCCGAAACCCCGGAAGCCUCGAAAGAUGCCAAGAUCUUCGUCAAGGCGCCCGACGCGGAGGCCUUCGCCAGGGACGUCCUCGAGCGCAACGGCGUGCCGGGCCCGGACGCGGCCAUCGUGGCCUCGUGCCUGGUGCAGGCGGACCUGCGCGGCGUGGACUCUCACGGCGUCAACCGCAUCCCCUCGUACGUCGCCCGCAUCCGCCAGGGCGUGCUGGACCCUGCCGCCGUCCCGGAGCUGCGCCAGGUGACGCCGGCGGCGGCGCAGGUGGACGCACGCAACGGCUUCGGCUUCGUGGCGGCGCACCGCGCCAUGGCGGCCGCCGUCGACAUGGCGCGCGUCUUCGGCCUCGGCAUGGUCUCGGUCCGGCGCUCCAACCACUUCGGCAUGUCGGCCUGGCUGGUGCAGCAGGCCGCUGACGCCGGCAUGAUGAGCCUCGUCUUCACCAACUCGAGCCCGGCCCUGCCGGCCUGGGGCGGCCGCGAGCGCCUGAUGGGCGUCAGCCCCAUCGCCUGCGGCGCCCCCGGCGACCCGCGGCCCUUUGUCCUCGACAUGGCGCCCUCGGUCGCCGCCCGCGGCAAGAUCUACAAGGCCAAGCGGCGCGGCGAAAAGAUCCCGCUCGACUGGGCGCUCGACGCGGAGGGGAACCGCACCGACGACCCGGCCGCCGCGCUCGACGGCGGCGUCAUGCUGCCCAUGGGCGGGCCCAAGGGGUCGGCGCUGGCCAUCAUGAUGGACGUCUUCUCGGGCGUGCUGUCGGGGUCGGCCUUUGCCGGCCACGUCACCGGCCCAUACGAUCCGUCCCACCCCGCCGACGUGGGCCACUUCAUCAUGGCCAUCAAGCCAGACCUUUUUAUGAGCCUGGACGAGUUCAAGAGUAGGAUGAAGUACCUGUACAAGCGGGUGGUUGGGUGCGAGAAGAUGGCUGGCGUCGACCGUAUCUACUUUCCCGGCGAGAUUGAACAGCUUACCAUGGAGGAAAGGCUGGAAACGGGUAUCCCUUAUGUUCAAGCUGAGGUUGACGCCUUGAACUCCGAGGCAGAGCUGGUGGGUGCAAAACGAAUCACUGAAAGCAGUAGCAUGGAGUGAAGCUAGUGAAACGUCGUAGAUAUAAAAUAAUAACAAAGCGAAACAUAUAAAUCCACGUUUAAAAAUAUGGAUGUCUGGGAGCAAAAGUAAGCCUAAAGGAGC